AAAUCAAGCGUACAAAUGGAUAAAAACAAAAAAUUAUUUCAAUGUGCUAUUACCGAAUACGAAUUGAACAAUAUUCCUAUAGGAAAAUUAAAAAAUAAGGAGAUAAUUGGAAAAGGAGCAUUCGGUUGCGUGUAUAAAUGCAAUAUUAUCGGAGAUUCAAGAAUGGUGGCAAUAAAAGAAGUAUCUGUUGGAGAUGAAAAUAGCGACAUGUCUAUCAAAUCCUUCCUUGAUGAGUUUAAAGUACAUAGCAGGGCCAAAAACCAUCGUAUUAUUGAGUUAUUUGGAAUGAGCUAUGAUGAGAGUGUGGAUUUAUGCUACGUUGUGACGGAACUCGCCGAGUGUGAUUUAAGGAAGUAUUUAACAGACAAAAAAGACGAACUUAAUUGGGAUAAAAAAAUAGAACUCGCAAUCCAAUUAGCAGAAGGGUUAUUGUAUAUUCAUAAUACGAUGAAUGUAGCACACUGUGAUUUGAAUGUACGCGAAGUCCCUGUUAUUGGAACACCUUUAUCAUUUGUUCAACUUUAUUCCAAUUGUUGGGAAGCAUCGCCUUUGCUUCGUCCUACUGCGGAUCAAAUUUUUAAUGAGCUUAAAUCUUUGUCUCUCGAUCCAAUGUAUGAAGGGGAUAACUUUUUUAAUGACAUACUGUCAAAUACAAGCGAUUCAAAUAGACACAAUUAUUCCGCGGAUGUUUUAGAGGAAUCUUUUGAUGUAAGCAAAAGUAAGAUUGAACAACUUUGA